AUUUCCCGCCGGCCAAUGGGAGGCGCCGGUUUGCGAUGACAGGGCGCCCGCCUUCGGCGCCAUCUUGUCGCCGGCGGGGACACCGGAACGCCGCGCUGUGCCGGCCCCGCCAUGCCGCACUACCAGGCCUGGGAGGAGUUCACACGCGCCGCCGAGAAGCUCUACCUCGCCGACCCCAUGAAGGUGCGGGUUGUUCUCAAAUAUCGACAUUGCGAUGGGAACCUCUGUAUCAAAGUAACGGAUGAUGUAGCUUGUUUGCUGUAUAGAACAGACCAGGCGCAAGACGUAAAGAAGAUCGAGAAAUUCCACAGUCAGCUAAUGCGACUCAUGGUGGCUAAGGAAUCCCGCAGUGCUGCCAUGGAAACAGACUGAAUUGCUGAAAAUAAAAUGAGUGCUCCGGUCAUAUUUCACUGGAAGAAAAUAUCUCUUGGAUUUGAACGAGUACUGGGACAGGAGAUGCUUUUAUGUACCGAAGUGGACUGCUGACAAAUCUGAAGCAUUUCCUCCACCACCCCCCUCCAGACUCUACCUUGGAAAACUAGGAAAAUAAAUGCUUUCAAUUGAAAGCUUGUAUUUAUUUUUGGGAAUCAAACAAGAAACUAUUCUUACACAUUGGGUAUGCUAAGAAGACAAGUAAAUAUUUUAAAUCUACAGUACUUUAGUCUGAGUUUGACAGGCCACAAGCAUAUUUCUGGAAAGUUACUAUAAAAUGUCAUAUGGAUUUCCUUGUGUUCAUACCUUAUGCUGGUGUAUUCUCACAGUGAGAAGGUUUAUUAACCUAAUACUGUAGCAUGAUGACUGGAUCUAAUAAAUAUUUACAUAAAUGAUAUACAUUAGUGGGGUUUAGAAGAACGGAUGCUUUCCAAACUGAAAUCUUAAAAUUGCCAGUUUGUAUUAGCACUGUCACUAGCAAGGAUUUAGCUUUUAGUAUUGAUCUGGGUCAUAACCUGUGAUGCAAUUUGUAGAACUGUUAUAUUGGCUAAAUAAUUAAACAUCUGUAUUUUAAAACUUAAAGUAAAACUUUGCUUAAGUAUGGCUAGAUUGAUGAGGAGCUAGGAGUUUCUUUUCUGCUUAUGCAGAUAUUGCUAAUAAAAAAUGUAUGUGUUUUUUUUCUCAGUACUUGAACUGUUUUAUACUAGUGGGGAGGACCUUUUCCCAUCUUUGCUUCAGGCAAAGUAUAUCAGCAUGACAAAUUCUAGAAGCUCUUGCCUAUUAUGUUAAUAGAAACAUGCAACCGAACACUGUCCAGACUCCUUAUUUUAGCAGCUUCCUAACUGUGCAUUUUCAAAUGUUACAUGUGGUAGAUGGAUGUCAGCCAACUGAAUAAAUGGAUGAAAACCAGCUUAAUAAAUAUUUAAAGACCACUCUCAGAAAUAGACUAAUGCUCCUGUGGCUUAGACUUGUUUCUCAUUGUUACCUCCAGUAGGGUGAUGGAAGCCUUCUUUGUCUUUUGUAGAUCCUCUUUGCUUGAAAAUCCAGUAGCUGAAGUUGAUACUUGCUUUGACUAGAUAUUGCAUACUUAAAAUCAGAUGGAUUUUUUUAAAUGUAAUUGUGCUAUUGGUGUAACUAGGCUUUUCUAGAACUAAUGUUUUGGGUUAAACCAAGCCACAGAAGUAAAGCAGAGCCAUACAAAGACUGGUCUGUAGUAGCACUUCAUAUAUAACAAAACAAUCUACCUAAGUAGUUACCUGCUGUCACUUACAUAAAAAUAAUUGAGCUACUUGGAAGCAGUGGAGUUCCCAUGUUUGCCAAGGACUCAGAAAAAAAACCAGGCUUGAAUAUUGCAUUAGAGUACCCUUCCAGCUGAAUAUAUGAUGUUAGAUGUUGUUGGAAAAUACUGCAGCGCUAAAUUCCCAGUGGCUGCUUAGAUUCCAUUCUAUAGGAGUGACUGGUACAUAGGUAAUGUUUUUCUUUUUGUAUUGGCUUUUGAAAUACAAAUAAAUCCAGCAAGAAGGCUAAUAGUUCAUAGUUCAUAGUUUGUUCGUAGUUAAACUUUAAUAAGAUACUGUAAUGCUGAAAAUUUUCCUUGCUGCUCCAAAUUAUCUUAAUAUUUGCAAUGUAGUGUAUUAAGUAGCUAAACCAGUUUUGUCUAAAACACUGUUCUGCAGUAUGAACGGUUGCUACUCAAAGUCAUGUGAGCAAAUAGUUAAAUUGGCAGGUGAAAAGGCUGCAGUUAUUUUAGUGUGAUUUUUGGACAUCUGUUACAAAUUGGUUUGGCACACAGAUGUCUUCUGUGAGCUGAGGUACAGAAAGGCUUGAGUGGUAUUUGCCAAAGGAUGGAGGAUAAAAGUAAGAGAGAAGACUAGGCAGGCUUGGUGUACCAAGUGGCUGAAAGGCUGAUGCGCUGAACCUAUAUACUUGAGUUGGUUUUAGAGGGGGCAAUUACAGUACUGUAUAUUAGAGCAGCACUUGUCAAGGAAAAGUGUCAGGGGAAUGGAUUUCUAGUUUUCUAAAUUCAGGUAUUAUUUCUGUAAAACCAUAAGGAAAUACUAAUGCUACUUUCAUAAGAGUGUGUGUUGUUAAGCUCCAUAUGCUGACGGGAAAACUAUGGUGGUUUUGUGCAGUCAUAAUACGCAAGAAUGCUGAUAAAGCUACUGCUUAAAGGAAAAAAAAAAAAGCUUUUGGAAACUUCUUUAGAAAAAGACAGGUGCUUCUUGACUUUAUCCUGGAAUUUUUGGCAACUUCAAUACUGUGUUCAUGGGGUGAUAGAAAAGCUGUGAACUCAAAGCUCUGUAUAUUCUUGCUUAUGCUCUUGUUGAGAGCGUGCAUGUGUGCAUAUGUACGCUCGUCACCUCCCUAAUAAACUUCCAGUGAGUGAGUCCAUCA